AUAUUAAACCUAACUAUGGUUAAGUUGGAUCCAACCACGGUUAAACCUAGCAGUAUAAAAUUUCAGAGAGACCUCUUCACUGACUCGCAACGUCCAAAGAUGAUGAUCGGAGAACCCACUCGCCGCAAUCCCACCGUCCAAAUACCGCAGUGGGACCCCUAUGAUGAUCCGAUGGUCACCAUUACCGCCCCCUUCUCCGUCGCUGAUAUUGACGGCAAUGCCAAUGGUGGCGUUCCUGAUUAUUCUCAUUCGCCUCGCCUUGACAUGUUAACGGCCCUGCACCGUUACCUGCCGUCCAACGAGUUUGUCGACUCAGACCCACUGAGUGAUGAAUCUGAUUUCCCUGUCGAUGCCUUCUCGUGCGAUCAUUUCCGUAUGUACGAGUUCAAGGUCAGGAGGUGCGCACGUGGAAGGUCACAUGACUGGACUGAAUGCCCAUUCGCUCAUCCCGGAGAGAAGGCUCGCCGGAGGGAUCCUCGCCGGUACCACUAUUCCGGUACGGCAUGUGCCGAGUUCCGGAAAGGUGGUUGUAAGAAGGGUGAUUCGUGCGAGUUCGCUCACGGCGUUUUUGAGUGCUGGCUUCACCCUGCCCGGUACCGGACUCAGCCUUGCAAGGACGGGAUGGGUUGCCGUAGACGUGUAUGCUUUUUUGCCCACUCGCCUGAACAGCUUCGUGUUCUUCCUCAGCAGAGUCCGAGAAUGAACGAGGCCGGGUCGGAUGAUUUAGAUUUUGAUUCGCCGAUGCGACACCGUAUUGACUCAUACCUGAAGGCCGGAUCAUUCAUUUCAUCGCCUACUUCAAUCCUGGCAUCACCACCUGUGUCUCCGCCUUCGGAUUCGCCUCCAAUGUCUCCGAAUAGUCCUCCACUUACUGUUGGUUCUUUCAACUCUGUCAGUGAUCUCGUCGUGUCAAUGCGCGGAUUGCAGUUGGGGAAAGCCAGGAUGGGCUUGCGUGGAUCAGGAUUCGUUUCUCCCCGCGGAUCAAUGCUUCGACCUGGGUUCUGCAGCCUGCCUUCCACUCCGACCAUGGUGGUGCCUCGGUCUGGAACAAAUCAAUUGGAUCAAUGGGACACUGCUUGUGGAGAGGAGCCUGCAAUGGAGAGGGUCGAGUCUGGUAGGGGUCUCCGGGCGAAGAUGUUCGCCAAACUGAGCAAGGAGAACUCUCUGGGUCCGGUUGAAAAUGGUCAAUCGACAGCUCCGGAUGUUGGUUGGGUCUCCGAACUGGUUAAGUGAAGGCCAAGCUGAGGCUGUACUCAGCUUCUUUUUAUUAUAUUCCGCUGUUUUUGGCUAACGGGGAUUGAUUUCGGUUGCCUUUGAUUAUUCUCUGACAUGUAAAUAUGAAGUUGGAUCUGAUAAUCUCAUGUACCCUCUGUAAAUACAAGUCUGGUGGGGAGAGCUCAAGAAUCUCUAUUUUGUGGUUUUCAUUAUUUUGACUUGCUGAAGAAGAUGAUCACGAAGUGUGACUUUUGUAUAGUCAUGAAAGAUUUGUUAGGGGCUGCCGAAGCAUGUUUUGCUUCAUUUUGUCUCUGAAUCUUAUUUCUUUGUUGGAUUCUAUGUUUAAUUAUCUCGGAAAAUUUCAUCCCUGUAAGUUAUAUGUUUAUGUAUAAGAAGAUCCUCUGUUGAUUUCUUUUCUGUGUAA